AUGUAAUAAAUAAAAGGACUGUUCACAAAUUUGUUAGAAAAUUUUGAAUAAAUGAUAUCAAAUAUUGAUGGGUAUUUUGUAUUAUUUAUUUCUAAGUCUUCAAAUAGAGAUCAUAAAAUAACUUCUUGAAGAAACAUUAGAGUAGAUGUAUGAAAUUCACACUCAAAUGAAGGAAUCAUCUACUCCUGAAAAAACUUCUGUUUCAAGAGCAAUCUAAUAGAAAAUUUAAGAUCAAUAAACUGCUUUAUUACAUUAAGAGAGUGAAAUAGGGCAACUCAAGUCAGAAUUAUCACAACUUAAGAGUAAAAUCGUACUGUUAAAUAAUUAAUUAAAAGAUAAAGAUAUUUGUAUAUCUAAUUAAUUCAAUAUUUAGAAUUUUAUGAAUUUCAAGAAUUAACAAAAAAAUAAUAGGAUAAGAAUACCUAAGAGACUAAAAAUAUGAAAUAAUUCUAUCUUGAGAUAGCCUAAUUGAAAUAAAUAAUUAAAUAAUAAGAUGAUCAAUUAAAAUUGCUUAACAUUUAGAAUAAAAAUUUAGAGGAUGGUAUACUAACCAAAUAUUUUAGAAAAUCAACAAAUAAAGCAAAAUUUAUUAAUAUAAUUACAGAAUAGAGGUUAAGAAUUAGAGAUUAAUCAUUAAUAAUAUUUAUAAAUGGAAAAAAAAUAUAAAGCAGAAAAUUUGUUUUUAACAAAGUAAAAUUAAGAGCUGUAACUUUUGGAUCAAUAAUAUAAAGAUUAAUUUUUAAAAUAGUAGGAAGAAUUUGAGAGAUUCUAAAACUUAUUCAAAGAAAUUUAAAAUAAAAACUAAUAAAACUAAUUAAAUAAUGAUUAACUUAGUUAAUUAUAAGUUCAAUUUGAAGAAUAUUAAAAUAAAGCUGAAGAAGAAUUAUCAGUUUAAAAAUAAUUAAUUAAAGAACUUAAUAUAACUAUUAAUUCAAAAAAUUAAGAGAUUAUUUUAUAAAUUUCCUAAAUUAAAGAUUUAUAGUAAUAACUUGAUAAUAAGGAUGAAGAUUAAUUUUAGGCAAUUAAAGAGAAAAAUUCAUAUUAAUUAACUUUAAAAUCAAUGGAAUAGCGUUUUAAAAAAUAAUUGGAAGAUUAUUAAGAAGAAUUUGAAAACUUAAAAUAAAUGAUCGAAGAAUUAACUGAUAUGAAUAAAAUAAAUUAAAUUAAAUACUAAGAAUAGGAAGAACUAAUUAAUAAUUAGAAAUAAAUAAUUGAGGAUUAUAUUGAAUAAAUUUAGAAUCAUUAAUAAGAAAAGAAAAAAUUUAAUAGAGAACUAGAAAAAAUGAAAAUUAUUAAUGAUGGUUUUCAAGGUUAAAUUGAUUAAAUCAACAGUUAGAAUCUGGCUGUCAUUGAAACUUUUAACAAAGAGUUAAGAUACUAGAAAAGUCUUGUUAAAUAAUUAGAACAAGAAUUGAUUUAAUUAACAUCAACAGUCAAAGCUCAAGAACUUUAAGUAUAAGAUUUACAAGAAUAAUUGGCCUAAGCAAAUAUAAUUUAAUAAUCUAAGGAUUUAUAAUAUAGAGAGUUAUUAUAAGAAAAGUAAUAGCUUGAUAGGCAAUAUUAUUAAAUUCAAAUAAACUUUUAGGAAGAAAUAAAAAAUUUAGAAUUAAAAAUAAAUUAAUUGUUAGAAAACAAGAGAAGAUAAUAAUAAUAGCUGGAUACUUAAAUUUUUUAAAUUAAAUCUUUAAAAAAUGAAAAUUCUGAUUUCUUAGAAUAACUUAAUGAAUUAAAUUAAAAUAUAGUUUAGAUGGAAAUUUUAGAGGAAUAAAAACAGCAAAACAUAUAAUUCUUACAUGAGAAAAUUAAUAGAUUAGAAAUAUAAGUUAAAAUGUAUAAAUUAUAAGUAAAUUAUAAUUAAAUUUUAGUUAUAAAAUUAAAAACCUCUGUCGCAUUCUUUUGGAGAUUCAUAUAAGACUCCUGAAAAAGAUAUUUUAGAAAACUAUGAAUAAAAAUUGAAGAUUAAACAAAAAGAGAUUGCUAAGCUUUAAGAUAUGUAUUAACAAGUUAUAGAAUAAAAUGAACUACUAUAAAGUUAUACAGAAAAAAAAAUAAAUUUUAAAAAGGAUUAAGAAUUUGAUAAAGAAUUGAGCUCAUAAAUUGAAAGUAUAUUGGAAUCAGAUAUAAUUGAAAAUAUAGAUUAAGAAAGAGUUAAACUUCAAACUAUUAUAAAAAAUAUUUAAAAGAAAACAUAAAAAAAUUGA